CCUCACAGCUUUAGCUCUGCCAAAAUGAAACACCCCUUCCACCCUCUUUUCAUUUUCCUCAUCAUAACAUCUGUGUGUGGUGGAAGCAAAGAUUUCACAGAUCAGCUUAAUAAUAAAAACCUGAGCAUGCCCCUUUUGCCUGCUGACUUUCACAAAGAAAACACGGUCACCAAUGACUGGAUUCCAGAGGGGGAGGAAGACGACGAUUAUCUGGACCUGGAGAAAUUAUUUGGUGAAGAUGACGACUACAUUGACAUCAUUGAUGCGGUUUCCCCAAUAGAAUCAAGUCCUGGGAACAUCCUGCAGCUUUUCCAAGGCAAGAGCCGGAUCCAGCGUCUUAAUAUCCUUAAUGCAAAGUUCGCCUUCAACCUUUACAGAUCACUGAAGGACCUGACCAACACUUUUGAUAACAUAUUUAUAGCACCUGUUGGUAUUUCUACUGCAAUGGGGAUGAUUUCCUUAGGCCUGAAGGGAAAGACGCAUGAACAAGUGCACUCGAUUUUGCAUUUUAAAGACUUUGUUAAUGCUAGCAACAAGUAUGAGAUCACAACUAUUCAUAAUCUCUUCCGUAAGCUGACUCAUCGCCUCUUCAGGAGGAACUUUGGGUACACACUUAGGUCAGUCAACGACCUUUAUAUUCAAGAGCAGUUUCCCAUCCUAGAUGACUUCAAAACUAAAGUGAGAGAGUACUACUUUGCUGAGGCUCAGGUGGCUGACUUCUCAGAUCCUGCCUUCAUUUCUAAAACUAACGACCACAUUCUGAAGCUCACCAAGGGUCUCAUAAAGGAAGCUCUAGCGAAUAUAGACCCUACUAUUCAGAUGAUGAUUCUUAACUGCAUAUACUUCAAAGGAUCCUGGGUGAAUAAAUUCCCAGUGGAAAUGACACACAACCACAACUUCCGGCUGAAUGAGCGAGAGGUGGUCAAGGUUCCCAUGAUGCAGACUAAGGGGAACUUCCUUGCGGCAAAUGACCAGGAACUUGACUGUGAUGUUCUCCAGUUGGAAUAUGUAGGAGGCAUCAGCAUGCUAAUUGUGGUCCCGCACAAGCUAUCAGGGAUGAAGACCCUUGAAGGACAGCUGACACCCCAGGUGGUAGAGAGAUGGCAAAAAAGCAUGACAAACAGAACUCGAGAAGUGCUUCUGCCUAAAUUCAAGCUGGAGAAGAACUACAAUCUGGUGGAGGCCCUGAAGUCAAUGGGAAUCACAGAGCUGUUUGACAAAAAUGGCAACAUGUCAGGAAUCUCAGACCAAAGGAUCACCAUUGACCUGUUCAGACACCAAGGUACCAUCACAGUAAAUGAAGAGGGCACCCAGGCUGCGGCUGUGACCACCGUUGGGUUCAUGCCAUUGUCCACUCAAGUUCGUUUCACUGUUGACAGACCCUUUCUGUUUCUGGUCUACGAACAUCGCACCAGCUGUCUUCUCUUCAUGGGGAGAGUGGCAAACCCUGCCAGGUCUUAAAGAUGGCAACCUGGGCACCUGACAUGUUCUGGGGGCACAAUC